AUGACUGAAACAAGCCCUCCGCCUGAAGCGCAACGCUUUGGUAGAUCUCAAACACCGGAAAGCCCACGGCCUGUCCACAUACCUGAGCCUUCAAAUAUUCCCGUUCUGCUGAACCAGAUGGAUCCCGUCUUUAAUGACACUGCGACUUAUAACAUUCCUCACAAUCAGACCUUUUCUCCUUAUCCAGAUUCUCCCCGCGUUAUGAAUGGAUCCAACUCCGAGGAACAAGAUGCUGUGCAGAACUUCUUGCGAGGCGCGGAAGAAGAGAACGGUCGUUUCGGAAGUGGUGCACAGUUCCCCAACACAAAUGGCCGGACUACGCAGAAUGAUGCCAGCUUUGAGACCAAUCUUCUUUCAGCCCUUGCAGAGAACUCUGCGCAGCAAGCACCUGAGGCAAAUUCAAAUGUUUCCCAUGACGCCUCCGGCCAGUCCCACACUGUCGCGCAAUCAAACAAUGAGUCCUCGACCAAUGAACAUAAUGCCAAUGCAAGCCAUGGAGAGCCUGAGUCUCCCUUCCAGUCAGAUGGGGCGAGGAAGUCCGAGCAAGAACCCAGCGUGAAGUCCAAUGCUCAGUCGGGUACAGGUGGAGUAGAUUACCAGUCACUUCUCGACACCAUUUCUCAGUCUGCUUCUACUGCUCCUGCCGCAGACCCUGUUUCUGCUCCAACCACUGCUGCAUCGCAUGUCGACCACGGAUCUUCCCUUUCACUGCCUCCAGUCCCAGGCCUACCCCCAAAACCGCCGGUGCAAGCGACUCCGCAAGAGUCCCCCAGCUACUAUGCGUUUCCUAGCUCCACAAGCGACUUGCGAGACCAAUAUCAACCACUGAAUCCCGAUGCUCUCCCAGUCAAUGGUACAGAGUCGUCCACAUCCGGGCCCGUACAACCCAUGAUUCAAAAUAUCCCCACCCAAGCCCCUGGUACAUGGAAUCAGAAUGUUGCACAGGUGUCCCCCACGAACCCUGAUGCUGGCUUUGUCGGCCAUCCCCUUCAACAGGUAGAACCAUCGAGGUCAGAAGACCCCGAUGAACGUCCAUGGAGCCCACGGACACAGAGCUUGUAUGACCAAUUUCUUGAGGAGGAACGGCGAUAUGUGACAGAAGGUAUCUGGGAUAGAUUCCCCCCAGGGUCCCGCUUAUUUGUGGGCAAUCUCGCGUCGGAGAAGGUGACCAAGCGCGAUCUCUUCCACGUGUUUCACAAACAUGGCCGGCUGGCACAGAUAUCCAUUAAGCAAGCAUACGGAUUCGUGCAGUAUCUGGAGGCGUCUUCUUGUCAAGCCGCUCUGCAGGCGGAACAGGCCUCAGAGAUCCGAGGUCGCAAGAUUCAUCUGGAAGUCUCAAAGCCUCAAAAGAACACGAGGAACCAGGCGCAGGGGAACAAACGACGGCGCUCGCGCUCGCCAGACCGUGGAAAUGCGCGGCAAUCUGAUCGACACAACCGCUCUAACUUUAAUGACUUUCGUGAGGAAAAGAAUAGGCGUGAUGACUAUCGACCUGCGCGGUCUCCUUCUCCGAGAAACUUUCGUGUGCGGGACGAUUAUCGAGCAAGAGCACAAAGCCCACGAUUCAGCCUUGACGCACGACAAAGGUCUCCAUUCUCCAGCAAUUUUCCACCGCCGCUCCCUGCAGCUUACGAUGAGGAGGCUACCCUGCCGUUACCUCGCCGAGAUCCACGAGACGUGCCCGAUGUACAGCUCCUCAUCCUAGAGCCUUCAGUUGCGCAGAGCUUCAUCAAUUGGAUUGAACAGGGAUUUCGGGCCAAAGGAUUGCGUGCUUCGACCAUCUGGCUCAGUCCUAGACUUCCCCUGGGUGCCGUCGUCAAGAGGCAGAUCAUCGAGGGUGUUCAGGCCGUUGUGAAGCUGACACAGGGCAAUCAGUACAACAGUAAAAUCCCGCUGCAGGUCUUUGAUAGGAAUGUAGGGGCUUCAAACGUCAACUUCAACGAAUAUGUCGACCUUGACGUCCCCGUCGCUGCUGACAUUGUGCUUCAUGCACGCCAAAAAGAACGAGGUGCUGCGCCGCCCACUCCCCAGGCCUUUCCGCCGCCGCAAGGCUAUUCACAUGGACAAUACGGGCAACCUCCAACUCAUCAAUAUCCGCCUCAACUACCUCCAGCGUUCCCGCAACCACAGCACAGUCCUCCUCAGCUUCAGUACGGCCAACAGCCUCACUACCAAGCUCAAUACCCAACACCAGUCACUCCGACCGCUUCCGCACCGAACCUGCAGCAGCUGCUGGCGAAUCUUCGACAGCCUGGAGAUGCGCAGAGCGGCAUACCACAGGGUGAGAGACCAACGCCGAAUUAUACAUCUUAUCUUGGGAAUGGAGGUCGUCAAAAUGGACCGACUGGGCAGUUCCCUCCACAAGCUGUUGCUACUCCUCAAUAUCCAGCACAACAUCAGCAGGCCCCAGCUUAUGGGAACGCUCCAGCCUACGGGGCAGGACAGCAACCCCAGCAAAAUGUACAGAAUAUCAUGGAUACGCUGGCCAGAUACAACCGAUGA